AUGCCGCCAUUUUCUCGGUGGUGUGGCGCUCAGGGGUGGCUUCAGGUUCUGGGGGGCCGCUCCUCUUGCCUCGGGUCUAGAGCGACAAGUGUUAAAACUUGCAUGGAGAAAAUGAAAUUUGAGAUCUUUGAGACCACAAAUCAGACGCAAACAGAAUCUUUAUCUUCAUCUCCCAACACUGUGUCACCGGUGCCGUUAAAUAAUCUGAGCAGUGCUCCAAGGUUUGGAACAGUUACUCCAAAUCGCAUCUUUGUAGGAGGAAUUGAUUUUAAGACUAAUGAAAAUGAUCUGAGGAAGUUUUUUGCUCAGUAUGGCACUGUGAAAGAAGUGAAGAUAGUAAAUGACAGAGCUGGAGUAUCAAAGGGGUAUGGCUUUGUUACUUUUGAAACCCAAGAAGAUGCACAGAAGAUUUUACAAGAGGCUAAAAAACUUAAUUAUAAGGAUAAGAAAUUGAAUAUUGGUCCAGCAGUAAGAAAGCAGCAAAUACGGAGUCCUCGUUCUACUGUAAUACCAGAAGGUGGUACAAUGUACUUAACUACUUCAAGUGGAUAUCCUUAUAUUUACCAUAAUGGAGUGGCUUAUUUUCAUACAUCUGAAGUUGCUUCUGUUCCACAGCCAUGGCCAUCACGCUCUGUUUCCAGUUCACCUAUGAUGGUAGCUCAACCGGUUUAUCAGUCUCCUACAUACCAUUAUCAGACGCCAACACAGUGUCUUCCAAGUCAGUGGCAGUGGUCUGUUCCACAGUCUCCUGCCUCUUCACCUUCAUUCUUGUAUCUGCAACCAUCUGAAGUCAUUUAUCAGCCAAUAGGGAUUACCCAGGAAAGUGGAUGCAUGCCCCCUCCUCUCCUAGUGGAAGCUGCAGUUCCUGAGCUGUAUUCUGAUCACGGAGUUCAAGCACCACAUCACCAGCCUUACGCCCAGAGUGCCAUAGCCAUGCCUGCACCUGUGAGUAUCAAACUAAAGUUGUUAAAACACUAUGGAGCAUUCACUAUUAAGCCACUUGGGCAGCUCUAAUCUACCUGUACUGAUUUCUUGUCCAGUCCUUCCCAUGUGGCCAAGAUCCAUCAUCAACAAACCAGCUAG